GCAUCGUCAAGCUCUCUCAACCAACACACCCCACACCACUAUGUUGCUGCGACGACUAUACUCGUCGCCCGCGUCGCGCGCCGCCGCUGCGCCGCUCGAGGCCUCGUCGACGACCCGCGCGCCGACGCGCGGCCGCUCCCGCCCCGUCCGCGUGGCGCUCAAGCGCACCCCCGUCGUCGCGCCUGUCGCCGCCGAGCCGACCCGCGGCCGCCGCCUCCGCCGUGCGCUCGCCCCCGCGCCUGCCGCCGAGACGACGUCCGAGAUGCCCUUCUCGACCCAGUUCUCGUUCCGCCCAGUCACGCUCUUCCCGUUCCAGGCCGGCCUGCAUCUCGGCUUCACGCCCGCGCACAUGCCGCUGCCGGUCCACGCCGGCACCGCGUCCUACCUCCAGCCUGGGCGCGGCGCGACCGCCUCCUUUGAGCGGCCAGCGGCCCCGUCGGCUCUUGACGCGCUCGCGUCGGCGCCGGCGAGCAACGGCUCGAGCCUCGGCGACCACCUCCGCCUCACGCGCGCGUUCGCGCACCCCGCCAUGAGCCACCACCUUGGCCAGCAGGCCGCCGCGCCUAGCGUGGCGGUGCUUGACGUCGACCACGACACGCAGGUCACUGCCGCCCUCGACGCUGCCGCGUCACGGCACGCCGAGGCCGCUGGCAGCGUGUGGGACGCCGCGCUCGCCCGCCUCGGUGGACGCGUUGCCGAGCCUGCCGCCCCCUCUGCCGCCGAGCAGGCCAGCCUCGACGACGCGCUCAAGGGCCUCAACGGUCUUCUUGCCCGCCUCGAUGUCACCGCCAUCGACGAGGUCGUCAGCCUCGACUCGGUCAAGCGCAAGCGCAAAAAGAAGAUGAACAAGCACAAGUACCAGAAGAGGAGAAAGGCUUCCAGGGCUGAGCGCAAGCGUCUCGGCAAGUAGUCUUCUCGUUACACUCUACACUUCUCAUCGCAUAUGCAUGUGUCAGCGGA